CAAGAAUGAAGAGAAAUAGUUGGCGAGGCAGACAAAAUCAUGUACGGAGCCAUCGCAGGCAAACCUACAAUCCUCAGCCAUACAGGGUGCGCCAUCACUGGAGCUAUACAGAAAGGCAAGUCUAUGAAAGGGAAGAACUGCAAGACUCGCAGAACCCAGGUACAAGUCAAACUGAAUCCCCCUCUACAUCUUCCAACAUGUACCAGAACUCUCCAGUGCCUGAAUUACCAGGAUUUUACUAUGAUCCUGAAAAGAACCGUUAUUUCCGCUUACUUCCUGGGCAUAACAACUGCAACCCUCUCACUAAGGAGAGUAUUCAGCACAGAGAGAUGGAGUGUCAAAGGCUGAGACUCCUAGAAGAGGAGGAGAAAUGUAUAAAGAAAAUAUCCAGACCUGGGCUGAACUCUUCAAUCAUCUUACGCAAGAGGCAGUUAGGUUUAUUCAGCUCUGUAACCUAUUGCAGGCUGAACCAUGAAUUAAAGGUGAAUUGCAUGCAUCGAAGGAAAUUAGAAAUUGAGAGCCCAGAUUCCACAGUUUCUGGAAGCAACAAUUUUAAACUGAUAGCGGCAGACUCCACCUAUGAGAGAAUAUUCACAGUGAAUGAUGUAGAGCAUGGAGGCUGUAAAUACGGUAUUGUCAACCUCAGUGGUUUGGGGAAGGAUUCUCUUACUGUGGAGAUGUAUGACAACCUCUAUUUCACAAACCGCAAGGUGAAUUCUGUAUGUUGGGCUUCACUAAGUCAUCCGGAUUCCCAUGUUUUGCUGUGUCUCAUGGGCGUUGCAGAAACUCUAGGCUGUGCCAGCCUGCUCCCAGCAUCCUUGUUCAGCAACUCUAAUACAGGAGACCAACCUGGAAUGUUGUGCAGCUUCAAGAUCUCCACAGCCUGGUCCUGUGCCUGGUGCCUGAAUCCUCAAGCUGAUAAUUGCUUUAGCACAGGUUUAAGUCGACGAGUCCUUGUGACAAAUGCAGUGACUGGUCAUCGUCAAACGUUUGGUACCAGCAGUGAUGUCCUAGCACAGCAAUUUGCCACCCAGACUCCAGUGCUGUAUAAUGGCUGCCGUUCAGGGGAGGUUUUCAGCAUUGAUGUCCGUCAGCGCAGCCAUAAAGGUCAAGGAUGGAAAGCUAUUCGUCUCUUUCAUGAUUCAGCAGUCACAUCUAUUAACCUUUUGAAGACUGAGCAGUACCUCAUGGUUGCAGACAUGGCAGGCCAGAUAAAACUGUGGGACCUGAGAAAAUUAAAAUGUGUGAAAGAAUAUAGAGGUCAUCACAAUGAACAUACCAUUCUCCCUUUGCACAUCAGUGAGGAAGAAGGGCUUCUUACAGCAGUGGGUCAGGACUGUUACACAAGGAUUUGGAGUCUCCAAGAUGCUCAUUUGCUACGGACUAUCCCUUCUCCACAUCCAUCUUCCACAGACACCAUCCCAAGUGUGGUGUUCUCAUCACGGCUUGGCGGCACCCGAGGAGUUCCUGGUCUGCUUAUGGCAGUCAGACAAGAUCUCUAUUAUUUCUCCUAUAAGACAGAUGAUCCAUAUUGCCUGCAUACCAAAGACAUGGACCAUUCUGCCAUCCUUAGUGUUUGACAACAAAAAUAUUAGUGUCCUUCAACUAUUAUUGGAUUGAUAUGGACUGUGGUUCUAAACCUUAAUAAUUUUGGGGAAGCUUUCCUUUUCCUUUUUUUCCUAGGAAUUAUAAAUCAAGUCAAAACUGAUUAUGGAGAGCAUUGAUUUCUUUUUGCUCUAUCCAAGUACAGAUAUUUAAUUUUUUUUUAAUGUAUAUUGUCAGUUCCAGUUGUUAAAGUUCAUAGGAGAACAUUUCCAGUAUUUUUAUGUCCUCCGAUAUGCUUUCUACAGCUGCCAUGUUGCUGUUUGAAUUGCUCACAGGGAGAACUUAAAGGAUUUGCCUAACAACAACAUCCAUCCAUGUAGUAGGAGAGACUUAUACCAUUGAAGGAGGAAAACAACUCGGAGGAAUAUUGUCUUCAUGCAGAAUAGUUACCAUGAAUGUGGUGACUAAGGAAAUCCCCCUGGUUGUACCAUUUUUGUGCCUGGACUGAACAUACUCAGUUACUCUUACAAUGUGUGCUAAUUUCUUAAUAUGCAAGAUUUGACUUGCUUGCAGAAUUUGUUAGGAAUGCUUAUAAAUGGUAACAGGCCAUAUUGCAGAAACUCAGAAGUGUCCCAAGAACUAAAGCUAUCCACACACAAAAAAGUAAGGGGAAAGAGAUACUGAAUAUAAUUGCUUUCAUAAUAUACUUUUUUUCUAAAUGUAUUUAUUUAGCCUUUAAUGGAGACGAAGGGAAGGCUUGCAAAUUUUGCUUAACUUCAGAGUUCAGCAUAUGAUUUUCUGCUUUCUAAAGAAGAGCUACAUGGAUUUGAUUUAAUUUUGAAUAUCCUUUAGCAAUUCUUUUAUUAUUGAAAUCCAGCACAACCUUUUUUUGUUUGUUUAAACUCACUUUCAUUAAAAAAAACAACACUUAGGACACGGGUCCUGAAUUAUCAUCACUGCGAUAUGAAACACAGAAAUAGUGUUCCUUUUUAAAAAAAAUUAUGGUGGAGAGGGUUUGAAGCCACAGUUUCCUUCCAACACAAUAGCAAAUACUCUGCAAAAAGAUAGCAAAAUAUGAUAAAGCCUGCAAAUAAAGGAACAUGGCUUUUUGGGCAGAGGGAGACAUUUUAAGGAUUAUUUUGAGCCAUUGGAGCUUACUCAGAACCAAGUUUUGACAUAUCAAUGCUUAAUCCAAGAUGGUAGCUUGCAGUUCUAAAACUAGUAAAGAGGAAACUAACUGGCAGCAGGUAAACACAUGUUGCUGUCAUUACCAGAUUAGAAAUGCUAUACCCAGUAAAAAAGUUGUAGAACGUUUUAAUGUCCCAGUGACCAUUUCAGAAAUUUCAACAAAGCACACUCUACUUAUUGUGUAAUCACAAUAUCCCGUGGAGGCCAAGUCACCACUCUUGUGGAACAUUAACUCAAUGAGGAUGUUCAAAGCCAUGUUGCCCAUGAGGACACCUCCAUGUCAAAUUUAUCUUUAAGCCAUAAAAGUCUCAAAACCAUAACCUGUUCCAAGUACUCUUUAAAACAGAUUGUGUCUAGAGCAGUUUUCCCCAUCUUCUAACUUAUCUUUUCAAUAUUGAUCACCUUUCUAGUUUCUGAAAAUGAUGCUCAGAACUUCUCUCCACUCUCUUCAGGUAUGUCACCACUAGCUUUGUUUCUGGUAUACCCGUUAUUUCAGGGAAACUUCUUACCAUUAGUCAUCUCUGUGGAUUAAGAUAGAUUUGAUGUGAUUUUCUUGCAAUAGCCACAUUACCUUGGACAAUUUACAAUUCCUCCUUCUGGACAUUUCUCUCAUGGCUAGAACAAUGCCUUUGGAAGAAUUAUUAUUUGCUUUGCAUGCAACUGGACAGACCUUUAAUAUCUUUUAAGCAGUUGUUAUAAAAAUUUAGAUCCUGUAAGUAAAGGUGAUGUGUUCACAGGUGCAUCAGAUUUUAAUAAAAUGAAUAUGGUCUUAAAAUGGGGUACAUGAAAAGAAUGGAAAGUCUGCCAUGUUUGGAAUUAGUAGAUAAAAAGUGGGCAGCAAUAUUGUCUGACUUUCUAAAUAGCUCUUUUUGAAAUUUAAAAAUUCUAACUUUUUGGUAUCUCGUAGCCGUUAAGAUUUAGCAAAUAUAUGGGACAGAUGAUGGAUUAUGUUUUGAAAGGGUAUUUAGACUGAGUCUCAUCUACAGUUCUGGUGGACAUCCUGAAAAAAAGUGGGUUUUUUUUAACAUUACUUGGUACUCGGGUUACUACUUUUAUGAUGCAAUCUUAUACACACUUUUCUGGGAGUAAGUCCCAUUGAGUUCAGUUGAUACUUCUGAGUAGAUGUGAAGGAUUGAGCUGAUGAAAAAAAAAUAACUAAAAAGGGGCCUUAAUUAUUUAGUCUACAAUGUGUUUAUUUUCAUUACUACACUGCCCAGUAACUGAAGCUCUCUGGCCAGUUCACAAAAAUUAAAACUAUAAGGUACAGCAUCUCUACCUAUAAAGUGGAAAGUAUGUGUGUUUCACGUAUUUCCCAAAAUAUUUACCUACUUCCACAUAUGGUACUCCCUUAAUGCUGUUCACUCAGACAGGUCUUCAUGUACAUGGAUCAGAAAAAAAUCUAAAAACAUGAAUUUUAGGGUUUUAAGUAUUUUUAAAGAAUUUAAUUUAAAAAAAAACGGGGUUUACGCCUACAACUCCCAACAUGCCUUGGGUGGGAGGCCAGACUUACUGGCCUUUGGUGGCCAUUGUGAUUCCUGAAAGUCAGUCAACCCAAUUCCACAUAAAAGGAAACAACCCACAUAAAAUGGGCUGCAUCCAUUUGUGGUGCCUCCUCCCAACUGCCAUGUGUGGUUUUAAAACCAUAACUAAAUACAAUAGCAUGACUUCAAGGUGGC